AGCUGAACCGGACCCUUAUUCUACUGGAGGUAUUCGAGAGUCAGCAACUUUCUAGCAAUGAGCCUUAGUGGACUUGCGCCACCUCCGCCUUUUCUACCGGUACCGGGCAAACCAGUGGUUCCAUGGCCGCAAUGGAAGCCACACUUCACAAAUUUCCUGAUGGUGUCUGGAGGAGAUCAAAUGUCUUCGGUUCGACGGAAAGCUAUUUUGCUUCAUGCACUUGGGGUAGAAGGCCAGCGUGUGUUCUACACAUUACCUUCGCUUUCGGGAACAGUCGCUCAGCACGCUCCUGCUAGCAGUUCGUCGGAUGGUACAGGAACGUCUGUACUUACAUGGUCCCCCGACAGUGAGCCGGACGUCUACGAGAUCGCAACGAGGCAACUCGAUCUGCAUUACAAGCUGAAGGUGAACAUAGCUGUGGAGAGACAUCGUUUUCGCCGUAGGACGCAGCAGCCCGGAGAAGAUGUCAAUGAGUACAUAUCCGCCCUUCGAAGCCUCGCUGCAACAUGUGAAUUUCAAGACAUUGAGAACGCCAUUUGUGACCAGCUUGUGGAAGGCACAACACAGCAUCUUCGUGAGCGUCGUUUGUACGAGUGCACCACUGGUGUAUCAUUGACGCUAGACCGAGCCAUUAGCAUCUGUCAGCAUCUAGAAGGGACAGGGGAUGCGGUACGUGAGUUCUCCAGCACGUCUCCUGUACAACAUGUUACAACGAGAGAGGGAAAACGCAAAUAUGCGAAAGACAAAUCUAAUACUGGAAAGGUUACGUGCUAUCGCUGUGGACGUCAAGGUCAUCUCGCAAAUGCAAUUUCCUGCAAAGCACGAAAUGCAACAUGUAAGGCUUGCGGCAAGAAAGGACACUUCCAAACUGUAUGCCGAAGCAAAGCAAGAGGCAAUGAUGACCACAAGAUAACCGCAAGAAACAUCGAACGAAGUCAGCACCCUUAUGGUUCACGACAAUCCCGAAAAAGGAAUUCAUAUGAAUGUGCAGGUAGCAGGUCACCCAGUUACGUUUCUCGUCGACACAGGAUCGUCCGUCUCGCUAGUGGCACAGGAUGUCUUCUCCAAGAAUUUCAAGAACAAAUUCACGCUGUCUCCCACGAAGGUGACAUUGCUAAAUUACUCGGGGACGCACAUUGA